CAGACACGCAAGUACACUAAGAAGAACCUGUACCGUUCCUUAACCCCGUGUGCUUCCCUGCGCAAGCAAUAACAUACUCGAGAAACGUCUUCUUUAAACAGGGAUACAAAUGGAACUAUCCGAAUGGACUCUCCUAAUGUACGAUCUACUACUAUUUUUGGGAAUGGCGGUAAUUUAUAUAAGCGAGGCUGUUUUAUUAACGUUCGUUCCUCGACGCUACCGUGCAAAAUCUAUAAAAGGAGAGAUCGCUUUGAUAACGGGAGGUGCGGGUGGUAUCGGAACCUUGAUCGCCAAAAAAUUGGCGAAACUUGGAGCACACGUAGUCAUCUGGGACAUUAACAAAACUGGUAUGCAGAAUACGGUUCGAGAAAUAAGAAGAAACGGAGGUAAAUGUUGGAGUUACUACUGCGAUAUCGCAAACAGGGAGGAAGUGUAUAAAACAGCAAAGACGGUGCAAAUUGAAGUGGGUAAUGUAACGCUACUGAUAAAUAACGCCGGCUACGUAUACGGAAGAACGUUGUUGGCUCUGCCCGAUGAAGAAAUCGAACGCACUUACGGAAUUAAUAUUUUGUCUCACUAUUGGAUUACUAAGGCAUUCAUGAGAGAUAUGAUGAAAAAUAAUCAUGGCCACAUUGUGACUGUGGCCAGUGUGGCUGGUCUCCUAGGAACUUACAACUGCACGGAUUAUUCAGCAACCAAAUCUGCAGCUAUCGGUUAUCACGAGAGUCUCUUCAGUGAACUUAAGGCUCAUGGAUACGAUGGAAUUCACGCGACCUUAGUUUGCCCUUAUUUUAUCAACACUGGUAUGUUUCAAGGAGUGAAACCUAGAUUGAUGCCAAUGUUAGAACCUGACUAUGUUGCUGACCAAGUUGUGUCCGGAAUAUUGGUAAAUCAAAUAAACAUUGUACUGCCUGGGGCAGUCAGGUACCUGUUACCACUUAAAUGCUUAUUACCAGCAAAGUUGUGUUGGGCGUUGAUGUAUCACAUUAUACGUGGGCCUCAAUCUAUGAUGAUGUUGAACAAGAAAGAAGAAAGACAAACAUUAACAGAUAACAACAACGUUACACUAAUUUCCAAAGAGACAUACGCACACUAGUACAAACAAUUUCGAUACUACCGAGGAAACGUUCGUGCGUGUUCUGUAAUAAUUUAUGACUUCAAUUUUAAUGGUAUAGAGUAACAAAAAAAUGUCAUUGUUACUUAUAAGUAUUCAUU